AUGGUUGCAGAAGGGUGUCCUGUUUCCCUCAGCAUGGCUGGCGCCGCUCACCUGUCCUCCGUUGCCUGGCAACGCUCAUCUCUAAUUCAGCAGGUGGCAGGUAGCGGGGGACAGCCAGCCACCCAGCCAGCCAGCCAGCGACCCAGCCAACCAGUCAGCCACCCAGCCUCGGAGCAUCCAGCAGGGAAGCGCUACAGCCUGGAGCUCUUUUCCCCCACCUGUCCCCACCGAGAGAGCCCCAUGCAGAACGGAGCAGAGGACGAGAUGAGCCCACCAGCACCGGCACCCCCGACGCCCCCUCCAGAACCUCCAUCCUCCACACCACCCCCAGCUCCGACCCCAAACUUGUCCCCGUCCGCCACGCCGUCCCCCGCCACACUGGAGCCCCCUCGGGCCAUCCCCUCCGCCCCGCCGCUGCCCCCAGGCUCCCCACCGCCGGCCCCUGCGGGACCCCCGCCCUGCACGCGACCCCGCCUGGUCUUCCACACGCAGCUGGCACACGGCAGCCCCACGGGGCGCAUUCACGGCUUCACCAACGUCAAGGAGCUCUACGCCAAGAUCGCCGAGGCUUUCAGCAUCUCCCCCUCGGAGAUCCUCUUCUGCACGCUGAACUCGCACAAGGUGGACAUGCAGAAGCUGCUGGGGGGUCAGAUCGGGCUGGAGGAUUUCAUCUUCGCCCACGUCAGGGGGGAGACCAAGGAGGUGGAGGUGACCAAGACAGAGGACGCGCUGGGCCUCACCAUCACAGACAACGGGGCCGGAUACGCCUUCAUCAAGAGGAUAAAGGAAGGUAGCACUAUAGAUCGGCUGCAGACGGUGUGUGUGGGCGACCACAUCGAGGCCAUCAACGACCAGAGCAUCGUGGGCUGCAGACACUACGAGGUGGCCAAGAUGCUGAAGGAGCAGCCCAGGGGAGCCCCCUUCACACUCAGACUAGUGGGGCCCAAGAAGGCAUUCGAUAUGAUUGGGCAGAGGACCCGGGCACCCAAGUCUAGUGAAGGGAAGAUAGUGAGCGGUAAAGAGACGCUACGUCUACGCUCCAAGGGUGGAGCCACUGUGCAGGAAGUGCCUAAUGAGUUUGAGGAGCGGGCCACUAAGAAGGUGGAUGACUUGCUGGAGAGCUAUAUGGGCAUUCGGGAUCUAGAACUGGCCACGACCAUCGUAGAGGCGGGGAAGGAUAAGCAAAACCCAGAUGACUUUGCUGAGGCCCUGGACUCUGUCCUGGGAGACUUCGCCUUCCCAGAUGUCUUCCUGUUUGACGUGUGGGGCGCCCUUGGGGACGUUAAGAAUGGACGAUUCUAG